AAACGACGUGCAGCUCACUUGUCUCCAUGUUGAACGCUGUGUCGUCUCUCUCUCCCCACAAAGCCGCCAGUGUGCAAAGCGCCUCCGUUUUCAUUUUCCGGCCCCCAAAUAUUUUUAUACUUUCCCGCCUCGCCAAAUCUCUUUGUAAAUCGUUUCAUCAGCUGAUAAGCGAAUCGACACAAACCCUAAAACCGCAGAAUGUCGACGUGGCAGCUAUUACCCGAUUCAAGCGGCGACGGUUUCCGGUGGAAUGCAGCUGGCCGGAUUCUUCAGUCUGGCAAAUCCGAUUCUCCGCCAACCGCAGCUCCCCCUCUACCUUCCAUGGCGGAUCUCUUGCUCCGAGGAUGCUCGAAACUUAUAGAACCAGAGGAAUCGAAGCCAACAAUGUUCACGACUGCUCUGGGCAAAUCUGUAGCUCUUAAAGAGUCUUCGAUUUCCAGAGCCAAAUCGAUUUUAACAGAUUCAGACGAUAUCGCUCGGUUUGGUGUUCCCAACUCUUGUUUCCAGACUGCUUCUAACAAGAAGGUUAAUGUGUCUUCUGCUGGUAUGGCAAGAGCCAAGGCAUUGUUAGGACUAGAAGAAGAUGAUGAUUUUAGUGGAUUCAAACACGUGAACCACCGUUUGCCUUCUUCCCACCAGCAACAUGGGUUAACAACUCCUGAGACGUUUGGUGCUCAGAAUCGUUCUGUAACUCCAGGAGGACAUUAUGUACCUGGGAAAAGAUCUGAAAUUUUGAGUUCAUCUCCAAAGGUUCCUCAAACAAAGUUUCAAACUGCUGGUGGGAGAUCAUUGUCAGUGUCUGUGGAAGCCUUGAAUCGUGCCAGAAGCCUUCUUGGGGACCCUGAGUUAGGGCCUUUCUUUGACGAUGUACAUCACUUUGUUACACCACAGAAAGAUAAAUGGAUAGGUGGUGAUAUUGCUCAUGAGAGCAACAAGCAUACUUCAAAUAGUUUCAUAUCUCCUCUUCAAUCAUCUUCAAAGCAAUUCAGAUCAGUCAAAUUGGAGGACGUAGCUUCAGGGGUUAAUUUGAUCAACAAAUUUGAUGCGGCUGUUGAUGAGACACAUGGUAACAGGCCUUUAGCAUCUGAUAAGGCAGUUAACAAUACCAUGGGAACCGGUUUCAUUCCAAGAUCUACACAAUUUGGAAGGCAAGCUCACCAGCCACUUGUCGAUAUCACAAAUCGCAAUCAUAUAGCUCAUGCUAACAAUAGACAAGAAAGUAGCCAAAAGAAAAGACUGGGAAAGACAGUCUCCGUUCCUCCUUUUAAAAGGCCGAGAACCUCCUCCUUUAAAUCUCCUCUAAUGAAAAAUGACCAGCAUCCUUCAAAUGGUUUUUCUGUAGUAUCUUGUGAUACACAAUAUUCCAAAAGGGUGUUUUCUACAAGAACUGAAGAAAGGUCUCCAAGAAUAUAUAUCAAGGAUUAUUUUGGAAUGCGUCCAAGAGCUACGACCAAGAUGGCUGUGCCAGAACAUGUCAGAAGAAUCAAAUCAAGUAAUGCAGAGAAAUAUGUAUUUGGUGAUGUGUCUUCUUCAAGCGUGGUGGGAGCUGAAACUUUUCAUCAGAUGUUGGCAGAAUCUGGUGCUUCUUUACAAUGUGCAUCUAGAGAGUGGGUCACCAAUCACUACAGGUGGAUAGUCUGGAAACUCGCAUGCUACGAGACAUACUACCCAGCCAAAUGCAGAGGAAACUUUCUGACGAUCACCAAUGUCCUCCAGGAACUAAGAUAUAGAUAUGAGAGAGAGGUCAAUCAUGGUCACUGCUCUGCAAUAAAGAGGAUUCUGAGUGGUGAUGCUCCAGCUUCUUCAAUGAUGGUGCUCUGCAUAUCUGCUAUUAAUCCAAAGGCUCGAGAAACACAUGGUUCUGAUAGUGGCAGCAAUGUGAAAAUAGAACUCACUGAUGGGUGGUAUUCGAUAAAUGCUGCUCUGGAUGUCAUGCUGCAAAAACAGCUGAAUGCUGGAAAAUUGUUUAUCGGGCAGAAGCUUCGGAUUCUUGGGGCAGGACUUUCUGGCUGGACUACCCCAACAUCACCUCUUGAGGCAGUGAUUUCGAAUACAAUCUAUUUGUUGUUGAAUAUUAAUGGGACAUACAGAGCUCACUGGGCGGACCGACUAGGAUUCUGUAAAGAAGUUGGUGUCCCUCUGGCUCUCAACUGUAUCAAGUGCAAUGGGGGCCCUGUGCCUAAAACGUUAGCUGGAAUUACACGAAUAUACCCUAUCCUAUACAAGGAAAAGUUAGGUGAAAAGAAGUCAGUAGUUCGAUCAGAGAGGAUGGAAUGGAGAAUGAUCGAGCUGCAUAACCAGAGGCGCUCAGAUCUUAUAGAGGGUCUUAUAUGUGAGAACCAGGGAGGAAUCAAUGGUGUCGACAGCCAGAACGAUACUGACAGCAAAGAAGGAGCCAAGCUCUUUAAGCUGUUAGAGUCUGCUGCUGAACCUGAUUUCCUAAUGGCAGAUAUGAGUAUGGAAGAGUUGAACUGUUUCAACAGAUAUAAAGAAAAGUUUGAGGCGGCCAUGGAAAAAAAGAUGGAAAAAUCAGUUGCAAAAGCUCUGGAAGACGCUGGCUUAGGUGAAAGGGAUGUCACUCCAUUCAUGAGGAUUAGGCUUGUUGGACUGACGAGCUUAAGUUAUGAUGGACACCCAAAUCCAAAAGAAGCCAUUUUAACAAUCUGGAAUCCAACGGAGACACAGAGAACCGAGUUGACAGAGGGGAAAAUAUACGCAAUGAAGGGGCUAGUACCAAUGAACAUAGAUUCAGAAACACUGUACUUACAUGCCAGAGGAUCCAGCUCAAGAUUGCAGCCUUUGUCUCCAAAAGCUUCUGAAAGAUUUCAGCCCUUUUUCAACCCCCGUAAAUCGAUGUCAUUGUUGGAUCUUGGUGAAAUUCUUCUUGGAAGUGAAUUUGAUAUGGCGGCGUACGUUGUAUAUGUUGGAAAUGCGUACACGGAUGUUGACCAAAAGAAGCAGUGGGUGUUUGUUACAGAUGGAUCCUUACAAUAUUCAGAUUCAGGGAAAAUCGCAAAUAGUCUUCUCGCUAUAAGCUUCCGCACAUCAUCCAUGGAUGACCUCCACAGCCCCCUCAUUAGCCAUAAUCUUGUCGGAUCUGUGGUAGGGUUCUGCAAUCUAAUAAAAAGAGCCAAUGAUGUGGAAAACGAUAUGUGGGUUUGUGAAGCGAUGGAGAACUCGGACUACUUCUUAAACGCAGAUCCUGCUUGCCCUUCUCACCUUAAAACCAGCAGUGGCCAUAUCCAAAUAUGGGCUAACCUCUCUUUUUCUAAAUCCAUCAUCGACCAACUUCGGCAGAGAGCUCUAUUUAUUGUCGGUGCUUGUUAAUUAUAUCAUGCACAAGGCGUAUUGCAUACAUAUAUCAUAUAUUUUGGGAUAGUUAAGGCCAAUUAGAUCCGUGAGUAACGAUAAACAUAAUGAUAUUUUUAGCCCCCGUACUUGGUAAUCUCCUCAAAGACAACAUUGUAAGAAAGGUGUCGUGUGUUUGCCUUUUGAACUUUGAAUACGUCUCUCUUAGGGUAAUUUUAAUGAUUUAGGAUUCACCAAAUCCCACUAGA